UGGCGCGGAAACGCGAACUUCCGGCAAUGAUGUGGAUGAGUGGCACAUCUACCAUACUUUAGGUUGGCCAAGAGUAGGAGACUGGAAGAUGAUUUGAGGCUCUUGAGAUGUCAUUUCCUGUCAUGCAAAAGAUCUAGCCUGCACUGGGUGACUUGUCCUAGAUUGACAGCAGCAAGGCGCAGAAAUUAUCCAUUGCUCUACAGGAGAGGGGUCACGUCUCCGCUGACCCUUGUUCCUUUUGAGGCCUCAUCAAGGGUCGUGUUGGAAUAGCAGGGGCUAUGCGGGCCUUUUUGGAGACCGUUGGCAAUCGAUCUAUUACUGUCACUCGGCGAAUCGCGUGCCUGCCAGUGAGUCGCUUGCAAAGUUGUCUCGGAUACGCGCAUAUGGAAAUGCUGAAGGAAGCUGAAGGCGGCAUGGUGAGCGCUUCGGGCUUCCAUGCGGAGGCCGUUGAUGAGCAGCUCUGCUCGCUUGCAGAAUUCUGGAUCGUGCGCCGUUGCAACGCGCUAGCAAGCCGAUGGUCAGACGCAUGUGUGCAUGUGCUGGGGAGAUCCACCUCGAAAAGGGUUCACCCGAGACAUCUUCGAUGCGAUUGUCCGGGCUAGGGCUGUGCGAUCGGGUACCGCCAAUCGUUUGUCCGCGCAGAACGAAGGGACAACUAUGCCCAUCGUUCGUCCUAUCCGUACCACAGCAAGGUAGACCUAGCAGCAGCUUGGCGAAGAGGGACGACGGCGUUCAAGACCGCUAGCACUUGAAAUGCGGCGUGUCCGGCUCAACCCUACAAUCUUGGUAGUAGCGUUAGUGGCCUUUUGAGUG